AUGGCAGAUGUUUCGCAGGCCCCUAAUAAAUUAUUAAAUUUAUCCCCAAUUGAAGCCUUGCCACCUUAUUUAACGAUAUUUGAGAAUGCCGCUGCAGAAGUCAAGAAAAUCAAAGAAACAGAGUCAAAUGUCGUUAAUUCAUCGGUGAAUCUCAAAGGAACAGAGGAUGAUAUAAAGCGAUUGCAAGUUGGUCUUAUGUUCCUCGCGCUUACUGAUUCAACGGCAACCAAAUGGGCUAUGCAAGAUAUUAUUUUGAUAUCCAGAGAUAAUCUCAUCUAUAUCUUGUCAGAAAUAACUCGUCUUAUUGCUGAAGUUUGGCCAAAGUUUCAGCCUGAAGUUCAGAAAAACGCGCUUAAUGUAGUUGAUGAGUUAUUUGCUACCCGAGGUGCUAACAUAGACUUAUUAAUGAUGCAUUUACUUCGAAGAAUAAAUUCUGGUGAUUUAAGUCAGCAAAAUUUAUGGCUUGCUCAGUCGGUGCUAGAUCUUUGUAUCAAGUAUAGAGAAUCUUUAGUAACGGAUCGCAAGCAAAAUCUCCUGCAAUAUGCAAUCUUUCAUUUCCUCCGUAUUAUACCUGAUCAUCAUAGUGAUACUAAUCCCUAUAUAACCCAACUUCCGCCUCCAACUCGCCAAUUAAUUAUGCAGAACCUGUUCCAGAGAGAGUCAAAGUUUGUCGUUGAUCUGAUUCGGUCCAAUUACGAUCAAUGUUGUUUUGGGCGAGAAUUUAUACGAAUGCUCUAUAUUGUUUCUGGACUUCCACCAUUUCAAAAACUCUGGAAUGAUAUGUUCAACGAUUUGUCUGCUUUAAAUACAAAUAAAAGUGUUUCUGAGAUUCUCCUAAAUGCCACGAAUCCCUCUAUGAACAACUUCUUAAUCUCCUUCGAAAUGGAAAAGUAUAUUCAUUUUAUGCUCCAAUGCGUUCAUGUUGCUCCACAUUUCCCCACCAGGAGAUAUCAAGAAAUGUUUACUGUAAGUUAA